AAGACAUUAUCCUCAAGUGGCGGAUAGGACGCUCCGGGAAAAGAGGAUUAUGAGCACAGCCUCUAUGGAUAGAUACCACAGUCGCUUCCCCAUCCUCUAGAUGCCCGGUGUAUCUUGCGUGCUCCUUUGGAAUUCGUUUGAUGGAAAAGGCGGUCCACAGGCGCUUGAAGCCCUGAUGAGAAAAAUUGAACUUCUGGGCGCUGUACGGGUCGGCCGUAUGUACAUUGAAAGCGCUAUUUACUUCGCAACACAACCAAAAUCUGCUUGCAAAACCUUCCAAGUGCUCACCACAGCCGAGUACCCAGCUUCUUGUUUUGUAUUGACUGACAACAACACGAUGUUGGUGACCGACCUAGCUUUUCGCGAAUUCGCCGGAUAUUUGAAGUCCUUUUAUCAGCGAAAAAAGAAGCUACAAGUAGAAGGGAAAGGCAUCAAGUAUAAACUAGGUGACUUCGGUGUUAACUUCGUAACAUUAUUCACUGGCCAGAGUGCGAAUGUCAGAGGAUAUCUCAUUGAGGUCAGCUUCGAAGCGUCUUGCAUGAUCCAGCUAUGCGGCGAUGUAUUGCGUGCAUUUAUAACGCAGGUAUUGCCGGACAUUUGCCCUCCUGUCAGCGAUCCGAAUUCAGCUGAACAUAUAUUUAGCCAGUCCUUCCAUCGGGCUGUCCAGUUAGGUUCCUUCGACACUCCUCGCUGGCCACCAUGUCAGUUAGCCUCUACCGAUCUACAAUCAGCAUCAAUGGAUUCUCCGCUUAGCCAUGCCUGUGCUCGGCUCACAAUGAUGCAAUACGCGGAGCACAUCAAUACCGUCCGUCGGAUUUCGAGACAAAGCAUUCACCCCAACUUUGGUCCACCUAGUUCGACACAGUAUGCUUCGACUUCCGUACCCGCAUCUCCCAUCAUCACGUCUGCCCCUCGAACAUCCUCCGCCUCAGGAGCUCCGAGCUAACGUUUGUUCGAAAUCAUCGAAUCACUCUGUUUAUUCUCAUGCCUGUUAAUAAAACCAGUUCGUGA